AUGUAUCCUCAAUCAUUUACUAAUAAAGUAAAAGAGGAGAAAGUAAAUUAUGUAGAAGUUCGAAGUAAUUUAAAUUCAGUUGAUGAUAUUAAGCAGUGGGUGAAUGAGUAUGGAACUUUAACAAAUACUCAUUGGGUAGCAAGAAGCUCUAUUCCAACAGGGACUAAAAUUUUGUGUUCAAAAAAGUAUGUAUGUCACCAUAGUGGUUUCCAAAAGGUUUCUAAAGAAGAAAAUAAGAAGGGAAACUCAAAAAAUGCUAUGUGUCAAGCGUAUAUAUUAUGUAGCAUUAAACUUAGUACGCCAUGGACAAAAAAAACAGAUAGUUAUGUUAAGGAAGGUUUAUUGGCUUCUAUAAAAAUACAUACAAAUCAUAGACAUACUCUGCAGACUGCUGAGACAUUAAGAUUUUUACCAGCUGACAAUAAUCAGAAGAAUACAUUUAUUGAGUAUUUUAAUAAUGGUAUGGGGAUUAUUGAAUCUUCUAAGUACCAUGAAAAUAUACUAUCAUUGAGGCAUGAUUUCAAGCAACAAGAUUAUGCCAAUGGUUCACUAAAUCCAACAUACAGAUGUAUACAAAAUUGGUAUGAAACAUGGCGGUUAAAUAAUCUAGGUCCACGAAGUGGUACUGGAUUAAUCGAAAAAUUGAUUGAAAAAAAACUUGCAUACGAAAAAGAUGGUAUAAUUGUUAAUUUCAAACAAAAUCCAUUUGCUGUUGUAAUUUUGACACCAAUGAUGAAAAGAGCACAUCUAUUAAAAACAUCAAAUGAUAUUGUAUUUGUGGAUAGUACAUCAGCAUGUGAUCCUGAAAAUCAUACCAUAACUUUUGUAUUAGCGCCUUGUGCUGCGGGAGCUGUACCAUUAGGAAUUAUAAUCACUCAAGGUCAAAGUUAUGAUGCAUAUAAUGCUGGCUUUAGUUUAUUAAAGGAAGCUCUUCCAAAAAAUAAAAGUUUUGGUACUUGUGGAUAUCCUCAAAUUUUUAUGACAGAUAAUUCUUCUGCAGAAAUUAAUGCUCUUCAUAAUAGUUGGCCAAAUAGCAGACAUUUAUUGUGCAUAUUCCAUGUACUUCAAGCAGUUUGGCGCUGGUUAUGGGAAGCUAAAAAUAGUAUACCAAAAGAAAGUAGAAAAAAUCUUAUGCAGACUUUCCAAAAGACCCUGUAUGCUGAUACUAUUGAAAAAGCUGAACAAGCAUAUUUAAAUACAAUAAGUUCAAACUAUGAAAAUUGGAAUAAAUAUAUUAGCACAUACUGGGAAUUCCGAUCAAAAUGGUGUCUUGCUUGGAGGGAUGCAACUAUCAAUGGACACCAAACAAAUAACUUUUCUGAAAUAACUGUUAGGAUUUUCAAGGAUAUAGUUCUAUCAAGAGUGAAGGCAUAUAAUGUUAUAUCAUUAAUUGAUUUUGCUUGUACAGUUUUGGAAGAUUAUUACUGUCGCAGAUUUAGAGAAUUUGCAAACUCAAGAAAUUGUAAGGCUAGACUUUUUCUUCAGACACAAUCUAAAAAAGCCAAUACAAUUAAACAAGAUGAUGUAAUGCAAAUUUCAGAAAUUGAAUAUAAAGUUACAACUUCUGAUGAUAAAACUUAUGAAAUAAAUACAAGUGUAGGAAUUUGCUCAUGUUUUGAAGGACAAUUUGGAUCAUUUUGUAUUCACCAAUGUGCUGUUUACUCAUAUUAUGAUGUUGUAUCAAAAAAUUUCCCUCCAGUCACAGCAGAAGAUAAAUAUAAUAUUUCAGUUCUUGCUCAAGGCGAUAAAUCUCUGCCAAUGUCUUUCUUUGAAUCCUUUUUACCCAAUGAUUCUUGUAAGCAAUAUACUAGUACUAAUAAUUAUAUAGAAUCGACUAUUGAUGUUCAAUCUAAUACUGUGGAAGAAGAAGAAACAUUACCUGUCAUAAUUAAUAAUGAUAAUGCAUCACAAAGUUUACAAACAACAGCAAGUGAAAAUGUAUCAAUGAAAAACAUAAUUUCAUUAAUGACAGAUUUAGAUGAGAAAUAUUGUUCUUCUAAAUCAGGUCUAAAAAUGAUUGAGAGCCGUUUAAAAAAAAUUACAUCAGUAGGAAUGUGGGAAUCAUUUUUACACACUGCAGGAGCGUCAUCAGUACCACUUCGUAGAAGGUCUGGAGCUACAAUUAAAGUUCAACCCACAUCAAUUGCUAGGCGUCCAUUAGCAUUAACAAGAGGUAGUAAACGUUUUCCAGCUGGACGUCCAGCAAAACAAGAAAAAAUAAUAAAUAAAAGAAAGAGAAAUCUAGGACACAAUAUCAAAAAUAAUUUUCCAAAUGCAAAGUCACAUGGGCGUGGACAUUAA